GCGUGUGUGUGCCUAGCUGGGGGGAAAGUAAAAAAUGAAGAAUUUGCGAUGACAGAAUUUCAGAUACAUUUUUUUAUAUUAGUAAAGUGUUGUAUCUGUUGGUUUUGCAUAUAAAUUAUAACAUAAAUUGGUCAUGAAAUCGUUUUGUGAGAGAUGAGUGUCUUUGGAGAUUUUCAGCGUGUUUGGGUCCAACGUUUUCCAGAUAGUACAUUGCCAGCCGCUUGGGAGGAAGAUGUCAGGGCCAAUUUGGCUAAACACAAACAGAAAGUGGCUAUUCUUAGAGAAGAAUUGGAGAAGGAGGAAUUCUAUGUGUCGUACUUAGAAACAUUGUUAUCAGAUGUGGAAAAACAUAAAGCAACUUCUCAAGGCAAUAGGGCGGCGCCCUCGGGGCCUGACGUGAGUGAGCUAGACGACAAGACUUCAGAUAACAAACAGGGUUCAAAUACAAAUUCGUUAUCUAAAAAGAGUGAGAUCAGUCUUACAAGCAGUAUUGAUUCAACCACUGAAACAGUUGAAAGUGAAGAAGUACUACUGAGAAAUAAACCACUUGGUGAAAGAAACUCGGUGAACCAAUGCAUUAAUGAGCUCUCAUCUAAUUUGGUAUCUGAAGCUGCUCGCAGAAGAUGUCACAGUGAAGUUGUACAAAGAACUGAUAGUCAAGACUCUAGUGUAGUAGAACAAACAAGUCCAAUCCAAGCAAAAAACCGUCCAACGUCACAAACUGCUGACUUUGUAACAGUCAUCGAAGUAAAUGGUCUGAAGUUAGCUGAAAAUGCAUCCAAGAAAUCAGACGAGUCCCCUCAAUCAUCCGAAAGCAGUCCAGUGGAUCCAACAGCAGCAACUAAGAAGAAAGUACCACCAAAGCCUCCACCGAAAGUAUUCAAUAAGCGCGGCGCGUCAUUACCAGAAUCUGGAUUAUCAGAAGACAGUCCACCGUCCUCACUGGGUCGACGAAUGCGCAAUGCAGAAUCAAGAGAAUCUAUUGCUAGUAGAGCGUCAACACCAUCCAUUAGUGAAAGGGUUAAAAGCUACGAGUCUAUAAAUUCACUGUCGUCCGAACGUAAAAGAUCAGGUGGUGCAGCAACUCCUAGAUCAAUUGAUGAGGAGGUGACGUCUACAACGCCUGACCUGCCUGAGGGUGAGGACAAGUCAGCGCCACUGUCGCUAGAGAGUCUACCUGCUGUUAUGCCCAUUGCUGAAGAUGAGCCAUAUUAUGAUCAAGUACCCGCCGAUAUUAAUGAUGGAGAAUAUGUAUAUAUUCAAGCAGGUGGCACGGGUUCGAGCACAGAGGAUGGUUCGAGUGGUACAAGUACGCUGCCGCUGAGCGCAGCGAGCGCUCCGCCGGCUCCCGUCGCCACUUCCGCUUCCACGUCCUCGUCCUCUAACACUGCUCCCACCGCCCCGCGGGCUCCGGACUCGCCGCUUUGUGCUACUGCCCCCAACUACGUCAACAUACAUUACUUUAUACAACAAGGUGAAGACGCUGAACCCAGCGAGCCGAGUACAGAAUUGGGAGAUUCAAGCGACAUACCUCUAUUUUUAAGAACGACAUCGUCAGAAACCGAUGCUAGCGCUACACCUCCGGUACUUAGGAAGCUUCAUCAUCAGGAUACCAACAAUGCGGAGGCAGAACGUCUGACGAUGCAUCGUUGUAUUGUUAAGAGCAUUAUAGAAAGUGAAACAGUCUAUGUGGAAUGUCUUUAUGUUAUGGAAAAGUAUAUGAACGCAAUCAAAGCUACGCUAUCGACAUCUCAACCGGUUAUAACUGAAGAAGAAUUCAACACAAUAUUCUAUAAAAUAUCAGAGCUUCAUGAAUUACACAAGAACUUUUUGGAAGGUCUCAAAUCGGCUGUAGCCAGCUGGGAGGAGCCAUUAUCCGUUGGCAUUCAUUUUAAGAAAAUGGCGGAGAAUAUAAAUAUUUACGGCGCAUUUCUGCACAAUUAUUUUUGUAUAUAUUUACCGAUAAAAAUAUUCGCAAACAUGACGCGCGCCAUAGUUAUGCCUCAGCCGUGCUCGCUCGACUAUAUAAGGAGACGUCGCCAUUUAUUGAUGAAGAACGCCCUCGUCCUACACGAUCUCAUCAAAUACACGCCAGCGAGCCAUCCAGAUCAUGCUAUGUUAACAGAUGCCCUCAAUAUGACUCAACAUUUUCUAGACGAGUUCAAUAUCAUACAGACCAAAUCGAUGUUUCCGAAUGCGGAUAGAGCGCAAAGAAGACUCGUCAAGAAUUCUUUUAUCGUAGAAUUAUCAGAUGGACAUAGAAAAUUAAGACAUCUUUUUCUUUUCAAUGAUGCUAUUGCUUGUGCUAAAUAUAAGGCUUCUGGACGUGACAAGUUUACAUUCGAGCUGAAGUGGUACAUCCCGCUGCCGGACAUCGUGGUGGUGGAGGAGGAGGGGGCGGGCAGCGCGGGGGACACGCGUGAAACUUCGCCUGCUAACAUCGUCGCGCUGAAGUCGCAGGCCUCCACCGUCAGGGACCAGAUACUCGCGGAGGAGCGGGCGGCGCAGGAUGACAAGAAAAUUCGUAUCGGCGGACGCGGAGCUGGCGAGAAGUUGCGCAAAAAGCUGUUCGAGUUGGAGGAGCAGUUGGUGCUGGCGUCGCCCAAUUUGGUGUUCCGAGUGGGCGCGCGGCCGCCCACCGCCGCCGCGCUGCAGCGACAGCACGUCUUCUUCCUCAGCUCAGAAUUCGAACGCACGCAGUGGAUCGACUCCAUACAUGCUCUGCAGGCGUCAUCUGCUCCACCUGCUGGGGCAAGCACGGUGUCAAUGUUGGAAUUACAAGCAUGGGUGACCGCUUGCCGCAGUUUCUUACAGACUGACAUGGGGUCGUAUCUACUGCGCAGUGGACGCGAUGAAUCCUUACUGCUUGGUGAUCUACAGCUCUACAUAGGUGGCAUGACUGCACCUCUCGAUGCCGUCGCAGAUUACUACAUUGUCGUGGAGGUGGAUUCUUAUGGACACUAUUUUCGAAAAGCAAAGUCAAAAUUAGUAUGUCGCAGUUCGCAGCCGCGCUGGAAUGAGAGCUUUACUCUAGAUCUCGAGGGUUCGCAAAACUUGAGGCUAUUAUUGUACGAAGACGCCGCUAGGCCUGUACUUAGGGGCAAGUGUACUCUCAAGCUGUCCCGCGAGUGGAUAGCGGAGGGCGCAGGCGCGGGCGCCGGUGGCGGCGCGGGCGUGGGCGCGGGCGCGGGCGUGCCGCGCGCCGUGUCGCUGGGCGGCGGCUCGCUGCCGCUGCGGCUGCGGCUGCUGCCGUGCGAGCGCUCGGCGCGCCGCGUGCCCAGCACCAAGCCCGGCGCACUCUUCGGCGCCAAGAUCACGCACGUCGCCAAGCGAGAAAAACGAAGCAUUCCAUUUAUAAUAAGUGCGUGCGUGCGAGAAGUAGAACGUCGCGGCAUACUAGAGGUGGGGAUCUACAGAGUUUCCGGCAGUGCCUCUGACCUCAACAAGCUCAAAAAAAGCUUUGAAACUAAUGCUUACGAAGCUGAACAGCUGCUGAAGGAAGUGGAUAUUCAUUCAGUGACGGGCGUGCUGAAGUUAUAUUUACGCGAGUUACCAGAAGCGUUAUUUACAGAUGCCCUUUACCCUGAACUGCUGCGUGCUUGGGGUGCCACACAGGGCGUGGGCACAUCGAUGGAUUCUGGACCGGCGCAUACGCGGCGACACGCUCUUCUGAAAUGCUAUGCCCAAUUACCAGAUCUAAACAAGAAUUGUAUCGACUUUCUUCUUAAUCAUUUUGUCAAAGUGAACCAGCACGAGCGUGAGAACAAGAUGUCACUGCAUAACCUGGCGACGGUGUUCGGGCCGACGUUGCUGCGACCAGCGGGCGCGGCGGCGGCCGGUAAGCAGCGCACCGACCUACUCGCUGCCGGCACCGUCGACGCCAUGGCCCAGGCCGGCAUACUGUACUGCCUGCUGCAGCAGCGCCAGCUGGCCGCUCAGCUCUCCUCACAUCAGAGGGCGCCUAUGCUCCUAGAGUGAUUGUAACGCUGCGGCAGUUUAAAUUCACACCCAAUUUCACUAAAUAAAAUAGAUAAACAAUUUUAAAACUACAAAAAAUAUUGGACCGAUCCACGCGGUUUUUUCCCUCAGUACGUGCAGAUUCUCAGUUUGCGGGAAAAAUUCGCUAGGUAUUUUCCAAGGAUAUAAUAUCCGUAAGUCAUUGUCUUUUCUCAUUGAUCGAUAAGUUUGCGAUAUAAUAAAUGGGUGAUAAAUGUACCGAUUCGUUACUACCAGAAUGUAUAAAGCAUAUAAUCGACAUAUUGCACGCAAACCGAACGUGGCUUUUGCUCCAUAGCUUACUGACUUGUGUGUAAAUGUUUUCUUCAUUCAGUUGGCUGUGGGGUUUAAUAUUAAUAUCGAAAAAGUCGUAACAUGAAUAUCAUUAUUAAGAUGAUUAUUGAACUAGUAACAGCUAAUGUGCUCAAACUCAAGUAAGUAACUGGUCUAUCAAACGAUUUACGCGUCAAAAUAAAUUUUGACGUACAAUUCAAUUUCAGUCAAAUCGAAAUUAAAUGUCAGAUGGACGCGACCCUAUGUUUAAUCUCUGUUGAUCGAUUUAAACCCAAUCAAUGUCAUUAUGUUCUUAUUUUCAUCAUUCUGUAUAUGGAACAGUCUAAUACGUAAAAAAUAAAAGAAAUUGUGUCAACCAGGUUGUUGCUAGCCAGGCCAUUACAUUACAUACAUUAACGUCUCAGCGCUACAGUGUUACAUCUUGACAUAUUCUCUGAUCACAUCACAUCCACAUCACCCUAAAGUUAUAAAAGAGUAUCACCCUUUUGUAACUUUAGGUGUUCUAGGAAAUUAUUACGUGACUAUUUAGAAGUCCUGUCUGUACAUGAGCCAAGUGUUCUGCAAUCGUUCCGUUCUGAUAUAAUUAGUGAUAAUUAAUUAGGGAGUUUCGUAUUACAUAAUGAAAAAUGAGAUAAGACUAUCUUAUGUUGUUUGCUUAUAAUUUUUAUACUUAACAUAUAUGAAUUAUUGCAUAUGUAUGUUAUUUUAUCGAUUCAUCGAUUAAAUAUAAAAUAAAAUAUAUACACAAUAGUACAUACAUAAUGAACUAACACUGAAUUCCUAUUAUUGAAACACUACAUAAAAUUUUAUGUAGUGUUAUUUUGAUAAAAAAAUGCCAAGAUUGUAAAUAUGCCAAGCAUAUAAAAUGUAUAAAAAUAUUCCGAGUCAUCUAAAUUAUUAUCCAAAUAUUUUUAUAUUGGUUAGUUCAGUGUGAGGUGACUAAAAAGCAGUUUUGGUAAAAAAUAAAAUCUGUAAAAUUAUUGUUUGUUAGUUUUAUACAUUCCUCCAAACUAUAACAGAAAUUGAUAUUACCUGGUCAGUGCAUAUGCCCCAAUAUCUCAUUUUGCUGUUACUUAUAGAUAUAAUUCCACUUUAUAUUUUUUUCAGUGGAAUGAUACAUUUUGAAAAAAUCUACUUGUAUUAUGACAUAAUUAUCAAGUCACAAUUUAACUAUUAUUUUAAAUAUUAUUCUGUUUCUUAAAAAAUAUGAAUUUAUAUCCAAAUUGUAUUAUAAAAUAUUAACAACAUUUAUAUAAAUUUGAUAUAUUUUUUUUUUAUUAUAAUGUAAAUUAUUAAAAAAUAGUUGCUUUUCGAUUUUAGCUAAAUGGUUCAAAUAACUGUUUCAAAAUAUGUCAAAAUUUGUCAUACUUCUAUUGAAACAUUCCAUAAAUACAAGAAACAGACUGAAUGUAGAAAUAUUGAUUAGGAAAAUAUAUAUAUCAUUUACACAACAUGUAGUAUAGAUGUACGUAACAAAAUUAAUAAUUAGUGUAUCGUGUGUCAAUAUGAACUGUCAUGUGACAACAUUUGCAGCUCUGAAAAUUUUUUAAAAGUAUGAAUGUGUUCAAAAACUGCAUGAAUUGAAAAGCUAAAAGGAUUCAACGAGUAUUAUGAAAAGGGACCGAAAAAAAUAAUAAUUGUAAUAGAUUAUUAAGAUAAAGUGGACUGAUAUUGAUAACUUACAAGCAGUAUAAGCAUAUUAUUAUUUUAUUUCUCGCCACUGUGCGUACAAUUAUAUUAUAUAUACUUUGUAAAUUAUCAUUGGAUCACAUAAAAUGGAUCUGUGUGAAGAUUAAUAGUUCAUACCUAUGUGUGAAUGUCUUGUUUCACUGAUCACAUUUUCGUUUUGAAAUAACAACUAUGGCAUAUUUUGUCUGUAAUGUAGCAUUUUAAAUGCUAGUCGUGUAAUGUUAUUUAGCUAAUUUCACCAAGGCACUGCUUUAGAGUUUUCUUAAUGUAACUUUCGUCUUUAGUAGUUGGCACAUGGAAGUCAGUCGAGUUUUGCUAGAUAUAAAUUAGGUUAGGUAUUUUAUUUCACAAGUAGUCUUAGAUGAUGGUGUUAUAUUAGUACUUAAAAUGAAAUUUUACCAAAAAAAUCUUAGAACAAAGUUACUUCAGUAUAAUGAGUUAUUUAUGUUGAUUUUAUUGAAUGACAUUAACAUUUAAUUUACAAUGAUUUAUUUUGUUAAAUAAUAAUAUAAUAAUAAUUAACAUAAGUCUUUAUCAUCUUUUCAUUAACUAAGACAGGAUUUCUCUUCACCAAAGACCAUUGUUAUUGUAUAGCUCCAUACAGCAUGGCCAAAAUUGUACAAUUGAAAAGUGUCAAAAUGCAUUGUUGUACUUACUGAGUAUUAUUACUAUUUUAUAAGUCGAUUUUAAAUUGAUAGAUUAUUAGAAAAUUCGGAUCAAAUACUUUCAUGCACACAUUUCUAUUGUUUAUUAAUGAUAUAAUGUACCUAUAAACACUUUACUAAUACAUUUAAUAUUUAUAUUUUCUCUACUGCACUUUUUUGUAAAUUAGUGGAUUUUUUAAGUUAAACAUUAACUUUUAUUUUACUAUAUUUAUAUAUUUUGAUUUUAUUUAAUGUAUAUGAUAUAAGUGUAGUAAUUGGAGUCUCUUGUUACACAAGCAAAGGAAAAUUUUAAUAUACAUCCCAAAAAUAAAAAUGACAUAUAUACAGUCCCUGUAACUAUUAUUUACUUACAUUAAUAUCUGUCCAUUAUAUUUCAAAACAUUAACAGAGAUAUCUAUCUAUAUUUACAAAAUAAUAAUAUACAAAUUUCCAAUGUUUUUUUUUUUUUCUUGAAAAUAGUUUACUGAUAAAAUACAAUAAAAGAUAAAUGAAAUGAAGAUAAAUUUCAAUUUGUAGAAAUGCUCUAGGACAUCACAAAUAACAUACAUGUACUAUUAAGAACAAAUCACAUUGCACCAUCAAUAAUUGAUAAUAAUUAAGCAUUAAUUAUUUAUUCAGACUGAAAAUGUAUACCUAUGCUUGCUGCUGCCAAAUUAACUAUUGCCAAUUAUUAACUUACUUUUGUCUUUUAGAAUAUAAUGAUUAACUAUGGGCCCUUUGUCACAAUUAAUGAGUGUUAAGAAAGGAUAAAUAUUGUUUAUACUUAAAUAUGUGUUAAUAACAUAUGUGAAUUUUUUAAUAAAUCAAAAGGUCUUUAAUAUGUUACCUUUUAACUUGGCAUUUGUUUCUUUAUGAAUUUAUAUAAUUAUUUAACUUUAUCUUUAAUUGUUAGUAAUAAGUGUCCUGUAUUAUAAAGUAUUUACACAAUUUGGUUUAUUAUAUCAAACAUUGUAUUUAAUUUUUGUAUAUAAAUGACACUAAAAUGUAGUUUACAUACUUGCAAUAAAAUGUAUUUUUAAUACACCUU